CCCGCUAGAAUAGCUACACGGCAGUUACGAUGGACAUCCUUGUAUCUAGAUAUAUCUCAAUCUCCCGGUCCCGAAAUAACUGCUUGGAGAUACAUAUCAUAUCCCGGAUAUUUUGCUUAGCUCAAUCUCCCGGUCCCGAAAUAACUGCCUGGAGAUACACAUCGGAUCCCGGAUAUCUUGCUUGGCAUCUUGAUUGGCAUGCCGCGUGGAUUCUUGAUCGAAACGUAACCCCGAUUAUUGCUAACUUAAGCAUCGGAGUGUCUACCCCGAGGAUCCACCUCGGGGCUUUGCAGGUCAAUCUGAAGUACGGUUGCGGACUGAAGAAGGACUUCCGGUUUGGUGCAGUUACAUUUUGGCGCCGUCUGUGGGAACCUGGACAAAAGGUUCCUUUGUUGCUCUUAUCAUGGUUAAAACUAGGUCAGCUCGAGGGGGAAACUCGUCUCAGCCUCUUGGACGAGCUUGCUGCCAUGCAACAGCAGUUUGGUGUUUUUCAACAAGUGCUGGCUCAGUUGCUAGCCCGAAACAAUCCUGGUGACCCACUCAUCAAUCUACUUAACCCUGCCCCACCACCAAAUCCUGAACCAGUUCAACAUGCUCCCGCUGUUAGUGAAUCUCAGGGCCAAUCUCACAUGGCACCAGUUCAACAACCUCCUCAUGAUGAUGUCACUCGACGUCUAAAUAGCUUAGAGAGGUUAGUGAUUGAACAGCGGGGUGCCCCACCUCCAUACCCUGUUGUUGACUCCGUACCCCACCCUCUCAACACCAAUAUUGUGAGGGAGCCCUAUCCCACUGGCUUCAGAAUACCACAACUUGAAACUUAUGAUGGGACGAAGGACCCCGACGACCAUCUACAUGCUUUCUACUCUUGCAUGCAGGCCCAGAAUGCCUCUGAUGCGUUGAUGUGCAAAAUCUUUCCCUCCACUCUCCGAGGUAACGCUCGAACCUGGUAUUACAGCCUACCUUCGAGAUCAAUCAACUCGUAUACAGAACUGUCAUCCGCUUUUGCCACUAAGUUUUCCAGUAGAAGGUUGAUAAGGAAAACCACUUCCGAGCUGAUGCGAGUCAAGCAGAGGGAUGGAGAAUCUCUGAAGAAUUUUAUGAGCAGGUUCAAUGAUGCAGUGCUAGAGGUUAACUCUUUCGAUCAAGCAGUGGGCAUCACAGCUGUAAUCUCAGGUCUUGGCCAUGAAAGAUUCAGAGAAAGUCUGCUCAAACAUCCCGCCACUACCUUCAGUGAGGUCAAUGAUAGGUCAUUGAAAUUCAUAACUGCUGAGGAAUAUGUCCUGUCGCAGAACAUCACCCCUGUUAAGAACCAACACCCGGGCUGGAGAGAUGAGAACCCGAACAGGAAACGGAUGAAGACACCACAGAACCGAGGUCCGAUGUCGACUUCCGUCCCGCAGUUCGGAAGGCCGAACUCAGCACCUCCGCAACAACCUACAGAUUAAGAAUAAAAUGGACUUACGACG